GGGCUAGGAUUGGUGUGAGGCGGGGCGACAGCUUUAGGGCCUUCUGGGCAACCCAGACAGAAGGCUGCGCUCCCGCACUCUGGGAGAGCCUAAGGACACCUCAUCGCCUGGAGGGGAGGGUGCGCUUGUGGCGUGGUGGGGGCGGGACCAGUGGGGCGGGAGGGAGGGUGGCCUUGGAGGGAAAGAAUUGCUGGGGUCAGGGUGAUGGUGACAGAACUAGCUGGGGACUAGAUCUAGAAGCGCUUGCGAGGAGGACUUGGGUGAUCCAGGAAGGUGUGGACGUGACUGGUGUGGGAUGCAGUGGAAAGGAAGGGCCAAACCACAAAUCCGGAGUAGAUCUGUGAAUGGUUCCUCAGAGGCGUUCUCUUUCUGGUUGUCCUUUUAUUUGGCAACACGAGAGUCCUCAUGGUCUGUGUUCAAGUUCUUGGAACUCUGUCUUUGGGUGAACUUAACCUGCAUUAUAGGACUGCCCAGGGCCUGUUCUGAUACUGGGCACAUCGGUGGGGAAGAUGUCAGAAAACAGGAAACCGCUUCCAGGUUUUGUAAACAAACUCCAAGAUGCGAGUGCAUCUGGGAGCUCAGGCAAGACUCACUGUCCUUCAUGUCUGAGGCUUUUCAAAGUCCCCAGGCUCUUGCCUUGCUUGCACACGGUGUGCACCUCAUGUCUGGAAAGGCUGGAUCCAUUCUCAGUAGUGGACAUCCGAGGGGGUGACUCAGACACAAGCUCUGAGGGGUCAAUAUUCCAGGAACCCAAGUCAUGCAGCCUGAAGCCACAGACCGGCAUCCUCUGUCCAGUAUGUGAUGCUCAAGUGGACCUGCCCUUGGGUGGAGUGAAGGCUUUAACGGUAGACCACCUGGCCAUGAAUGACGUGAUGCUGGAGAGUCUGCACGGGGAAGGCCAGGGCCUGGUGUGUGACCUGUGUAGCGACAGAGAAGUAGAGAAGAGGUGUCAGACCUGCAAGGCCAAUCUCUGCCACUUCUGCUGCCAGGCUCACAGGCGGCAGAAGAAGACAACGGAUCACACCAUGGUGGACCUGAAAGACCUAAAAGGCUACAGUCGGGUUGGAAAGCCUAUCCUAUGUCCUUCCCACCCUGCCGAGGAGCUGAGGCUGUUCUGUGAGCUCUGUGACCGGCCGGUGUGUCGGGACUGUGUAGUUGGGGAGCACCGAGAGCACCCCUACGACUUCACCAGCAACGUCAUCCACAAGCAUGGAGAUUCCGUACGGGAGCUGCUUCGAGACACCCAGCCCCACGUGGAGGCCCUGGAAGACGCCCUGGCUCAGAUCAAAAGUUCGAACAACGCCCUCCAAGAGCGCGUGGAGGCGGUGGCAGCUGACAUCCGAACGUUUUCUGAGGGCUACAUCAGAGCCAUCGAGGAGCAUCGGAACAAGCUGCUACGACAGCUGGAUGACAUACGGGUCCAGAAGGAAAACUCUUUACAGCUGCAGAAAGCGCAGCUGGAACAGCUGCUGGCCGAUAUGCGGACUGGAGUGGAGUUCACUGAGCACCUGCUGACCAGCGGCUCAGACUUGGAGAUCCUGGUCACCAAGGGAGUGGUUGUAGAGCGGCUCAGGAAGCUGAAUAAGGUUGAAUACAGUGCCCACCCAGGAGUGAACCAUAAGAUCUGCUUCUCCCCUCAGGAGAAGGCAAGGUGCCAAGGCUAUGAAGUAUAUGGGGCCAUUAACACGCAGGAAGUUGAUCCAGCUCAAUGUGUCCUUCAGGGAGAAGAUCUCCAUAGAGCUCGAGAGAAACAGACAGCCUCUUUUACCUUGAUCUGUAAGGAUACCACGGGAGAGAGCAUGAGCAGGGGAGGAGACAACGUCCGUGUGGAAGUUGUCCCCAAAAAUAAGAAGGACAGUCCGAUCAGAACAGUGGUCCAGGACAACAAGGAUGGAUCCUACCAUGUUUCCUACACCCCCAAGGAACCUGGCGUCUACACUGUGUGGGUUGGCAUCAGAGAGCAGCAAGUGCAGGGCUCACCGUUCAAUGUGACCGUGAGGAGGAAGCAUCGGCCGCAUCCAGGCGUGUUUCACUGCUGCACCUUCUGUUCCAGUGGAGGCCAGAAGACUGCACGCUGUGCCUGCGGAGGCACCAUGCCGGGUGGGUACCUUGGCUGUGGCCAUGGACACAAAGGCCACCCGGGGCGUCCACACUGGUCUUGCUGUGGGAAGUUUGUUGAGAAGUCAGAGUGUUCGUACUCAACUGGGCAGAGCGCACCGAGGAGUCUGCUUAGGACCGUGGCACUCUGAUGGCUUCCUGGGGACAAGUUGGGCCAGGUAAACCUGAAGUUAGCAUGACUUCGGAUGUACAGAGAACCCAGAGCUUGAGUAGUUCCAAAGAGACUGACAGAAUUAAAGACAAAGUGCUUUCUAACGUCAGA